GGCAGCUCCUGACUGCUGCCAAGCUUAAUUAAUGCCAGAGCAAUCGAUCAGAAGUUGAAAGUCUGCUGCCUCUCGAGUUUGUCUCUUUAUUUAACCCCAUAAUUUUACCUCGUUAUUUUAUUUAGUCGCUGAAAGUCUGAGCAGAAUGGAUAGUGAUACCGAGUUAAAUUUCGCUUCUCGUCGGUCACCUGUGGUGUGUCUACACGGCUGUGUGGCGUCGAGCCAGCCGUUAGCUUCAAACGUUGGACUGGGUAAGUGGAGCGUAGUUACCAUGGAGACACUCACCUGCGAAGAGUCCCCCUCCAAUAUUAAAUGUUUUAGAAGUAUUUUCAUGUAAAAGUAUGAAUAAUUAACAGUCUUAGCUCUUGUUCUGAACACAUUUUUCAAAGCAUUAAUUCAAGAGCUUUUCUUCCCCAAACUUUUGUUCUAUCAUUUGUUAUGAAGUAUCUUUAAAAAGCUGAUUAUUUUACAUUUUUAUAAACAGUAUUUUCAUCCAAACUAUAAGGGCCUGAAAUGCAGGACAAUACACAGAGAGGUAUGGGGUGGUCAAAGCUGAAGCUGUAAAAAAACGAGUUAACCCCAAAAGUUUACUAAAGGUAAACGGCAUAACUAUAUAUCACACAUGAACCACAUCUUAUUGUUGUCAGACCACAAAAUGUAUGUUAUUAGCUUGUGUACAAAAAUUCAGAAAAAGGUGCAGUUUAAAAAAAAAAUCUCACUGACCCUAAAGUUGCUCAUUUAUUUCGUCUAACUUAGUCUUAAAUAUAAACAUUUACCAUUUACAUUUAAUAAUAAAUAAUAAAUAAAUAAAUAUUAAUAAUAAUAAUAAUAUUAGGACACACACUGGAAGCAAGGUGGGUUAAGUGUCUUGCCCAAGGACACAACGGACAGACUCGGGAUAGGGGGAAUUGACCACUCUACCUCCUGAGCUACUGCCACCCAAUUCAACCACGAAUAGAAGUAAAUUUAUUCAAAGUAUGCUCUAAAGAAGGUUCCUUAACAUUUAAAGAUCCACCUAAAGUCAGCUACAUUACUGAUACAUGGAUUUGUUUUUUUUGUGCAGAUGUCCUGAAGCGUGGCGGUAAUGCUGCAGAUGCUGCGGUUGCCAUAGCAGCUGCCCUGGCAGUAACAGAGCCAUUCAGCACGGGUCCUGGUGGAGACGCCUUCUGCUUGUUCUACAGCAAAAACAUGGGGGAGAUCAGAGGAAUAAACGGAAGGUAGCAACUUUUCUCUUGGUACUACUGCUAUCGUUGUCUUCAUAACAGAAGUUUGACAUGACUCCCUCUCUCUUUCUCUCUGUCUCUUCAGUGGUCGUUCACCCAGAGCUCAGACUCUGGACUUCUUUGAAAGUCGUGGCUACACUGCAGAGGCCCCUCCUUCACCUUAUGAUGCCUUGAAUAUCACCGUACCUGGGGCUCCUGCAUGCUGGUGUGAUACUGUUCAGCUGUUUGGCAGCCACAAGGUGUGUUUUUGUCCCUGUGUGCAAAUGCAUCAAGUAGGAAGCCCAAACCCCAGCUUACCUUACUGUUUACAAAAAUGUGUGUGUUGUAUGUGAUGAUAAAGGAGAAGGAAGGAAUUCCCUGGUAUCCUCUUACUCACAUAGAUUCACAACAUUUAUUAGAUUUUUUUGUCUGGAACCCCCUGGAGGAAAUUACCAACACCUCUAUCUCUUUUUUUCUAAACAAUGACUCACACUUCCUGCUCAGUGAGGUUUCCUGUGAGGUAAUAAGCAUGUGUUUCCUCUCCCUGUUUCCCCAGCUGUCCUUGCAGGAGGUGCUGAGCGGGGCUGUGGAGCUGGCCGAGGUGGGGUUUCCUGUUGCCGAGGUAGCAGCUCACCACUGGGCGAAGUGGGUUGCUGCUUUGAGGGAUGAUGGGAAGGAACUGGGUGGAGACCUGCUCAUUGAUGGUCAUGCACCCAAAAGUGGACAAGUGUUCAGAAAUCCCUCUCUGGCUCAGACCUUGAGGGUAAAUCCUUGAAAGUAAACACAAAAAAAUAAGUAUUUAUAGGUCUUGUGAGGAGAAUUUGGUCAGUUUUCCCUGAAGGAAACAGAACAGUACAGAUCUCCAGAAACAUCACAAAACAGGUUUCACCUUCUCUCAGAAGUUUUCUGCUUUCUCUGAACUGGGCUCAGCCUUCUGUAUUGAAAGGCCUGGAAUGAACCCAGGGGAAUAAUAGGUAAUUAACCCUGAACCCAUUAGUGUGCGGGACUUAAUGUGGAAGCAAAAUAAGAGAGGGAGGAGUAUUGUGCAGUGAUGGGGAAAUUUCUGAGGACAUAAAACAGUAAACAGCAGAGGAAGGUGGAGGAGAGGGUGUGGAAGCAGGACAAGGAAGGGCGGACUGGGAGAUGGGUGAAAAGCAAAGAUGUAAUGUAAGGAGUGAAAGGAUGUAUAAAAAUAUGAGCGAUAUGAGGUCAUGUAGAAAAAAUGAUUAAGGUGACAGUGACAAUUUAGAACUUAGACAUGCUUUUGAGCGGAGACACAGUAGACUCAUUAAACUCCAUAAUAGAUUUAAGAAAGGGAAAAUGAAUUAGACAGAAUCUUAGUUUUGUUUUAUAGUUGAGGAACAUUCAGACGUGGCCAUUUUGAAUUGAUUAUCAGAUGUGAAAGAACAGAUGUAGUUGAGAUUAAUUUGAUUUCAUAAUCUCAUAGGGAUAAAACAUCUGCAGACCACACCUGAAAUAAGAAAGAACUUCUCCGCUGUGAUGUUUAAGACUACGAUGACAUCCACACCCUGUAGGCCUCUUGUAACUGCAACAGACAAACACAGAAAACUAAUUUAACUGCAAAUGUACUUUGACAACAGUGUCUUUAGACCUUCCAUAUUAUUUUAUGGAAACAAAUAAGCUCUUAACUGACUUGGUAGUGAUGAAGGAGGUGUGCAGAGGAACUGGAUUCUGAAGACUUUGAUUGGAAGGAAGAAUGGAUUUAAAGUUUUGGCAGCUGCAGGUUGGUUAGUUGAUGGCGGUAGAAGCCGAAUUUGCCAAUUUUUUUUGGUUUAGCACUUAAAAAGUUAUCAACCAUACUUGGCUGAUUAUCAGAAGAACAGAGGUAGGAUAGAGAUAGAUAUUUUCCCUGUGUGGCUUUGUUAUUGUGAGCUUGUUAGUGUAUUUGAGGUAUCAUUCUGGGCGUCUUUAACUUGUACAAAAAGUUCCAUUUCAGCAAAGUCUGAUUGAUUGAUUGAUAACAUUGAGCUCAACUUACAGAACCUGUUACAGGCAAAUAAAAACAAAUAAACAUCUUUGUAAAAACUGAGGCAAAACAUUGAAAAUGUCUACAUUCAGAAAAGACAGGUCAGAGUUUUCAUUCAUAACUGUCCUGAGACAUUGAUGGGGGCUCUCCAUGACUUUUUCAGCCCUUUAUGUUCUUAUAUUUGUGUGAAUGUCAGACCACGACCGUUGGCGUGUAGACAAAGUUAGACUCAAUAGAACCAUACUCAUUCUGUAAUUUCCUGUCAGUGAGAGUUCACAGAACAAUGGCUGACCUCGCCGUGUGCGUAUGCGCUGGUCUCCCCGUGUGUCACUUUGAAAACAUGCGCUGGUUGAUGAUAGUUCAAAUUAUGGCAUUAAACACUCAUUCUUUAGAGGUUUGGAAAUGUAGGAUCAAAGCCAAGUACGCCCACGAUAGAUCAGCACACACACACUCACACACAAUGAGAUUCUUGAGGCAGCAGAAACAAUGGCAGUGACCUCAGCCUCAUUGAUGGAGGGUUUCUGUGGUAUCAUACGGGUCAUUCCUCAGUGAUGACGGUGUGUGUGGUCAUUCCUUUAGGUGAAUAAUCAAUCGUUCUUACAUUACCUCUCUUUACAGGCUAAGACUGAUGGGAUAGGUUAAUAUAUAUAAAAGUAAACAUUUUUAUUAAGCUUCUAUCUUUCAACAUUAUUCCAUGAAAACACAAUUAUUCCAAUAAGUCGUCUUCUCUGUUGUUUUGAUUGAUUGAUUUUUCCUGAUUGAUUGAUUGAUUGAUUGACUUGUACAUUAACAGGAGAUUGGUGAACGUGGUAAACCUGCUUUCUACCAGGGAAGAGUGGCCCAGGCCAUCGUCGAUGUCAUCAACCAAAACGGAGGAGUCAUGACUCUGGAUGACCUCAGCAGCCAUGACAGUGAGGUCGUCACCCCCAUAAGCACAGAAUACAAGGUGAGGUCGUCGCUUCAGAUGCUCAGUCUGACAGUUUUUGAUUAAUAUAGUCGCCAGAGGGAAUGACUGUAAUGUGUGUCCAGGGUGUGCGUCUGUGGGAGCCUCCUCCGAACAGUCAGGGAUUGGCUGCUCUGCUGCUACUCAACAUCCUGGAGAACUUCCCGCUCAAAGGUACUGACAGGCUGAAUCAAUGUGGCAACAAAGGUUUAUGUAUGACAUUAUUCGAGGGAAUCCCACAUCUCGAAGGGGGAAAAAAAGCAUAAACAUUCUCACUUUGAAAAAUAAAGAGAUAUAUUCUCGUAGAUCUCUACCCCCUCUGCAUGAUAACAGAGGUAUAUGUCUCUAUUUGUGCUGCUGAAGAUGUGAAGCUCUAUGACUGAAGCUUCUGUCACUGCUGCUUAAAGGAACUAUUUCUUUGGUAGAAACUGCUCCAGGGAAAUUUAUGGAUUAUCCAAGUGUUGACAUUUUCGAAUGUAAUUAUACAAUCCCAGAUUAGCCCAAACUACAUUUUUUAAUCCAAGUUUUGUUGACCCUGCAAAGGCUAAGCAGGUUCAGAUUGUGGGGUGGUUUUGUGCGACUGUGAAAUAUCAUAUUACUGUGUCAACUGUUGCUUUUUAACCAGGAGACACAAUCAGUCAUGGAAGCCAUCAGUUCUGAAUUCUUGUGUGUGUGUAUUUGUGUGUAGAUGCAUCCCAUAACAGCGCUGACUACGUCCAUAUACAUGUGGAGGCUGUGCGUUUGGCAUUAACUGAUGCUAGGAGUUACCUGGGUGACCCAAACCAUGUGACCGUCCCCUUGGGAACAUUACUGGAUAAGAGCUACAGUCGCCAACGAGCACAGCUCAUCAGCAUGGAAAGGUGUGUGCCCUGUUGUGUGUAUUUGUCAGUACCAGUGUGUACCAGUCGGGCUCUGUUGACUUUAGAUAGGACUGUGGACUCGUACUUCCCUGCCGCCUUCAUGUCCAUCCCUACAUGCCUCAGUGUGUGAGCGUCUCUAUUUUGGCAACAGUGUGUGUGUCUGCUGGUCAUUUCUGUAGACUUUGAACUUUAUGAGCUACAAGACAAACAGACAGACUGACUAUAAAAGUAUUAACCAACAUAAUCAUAUAAUAACAUGCACAAACACAAACACUCUUGUGGUACUAAAUCCUGCUGCGGGUCCGUUUUAUAUCCCAAUAACCUAAAAUUAUGUAACACACUUCUAAAAACAUUCAUCAAACCUGCACUUUCCUCUUUUUACUGGAGUGUCUUUUAUUUGUCUCGCAUUAGGCCACACAUGUCAAGAGUACAGAAAAUAGAAAGCACUUGCAGGCAUGGUAAACAACUAUAUAUGUUGUAUGAAAACUACACGCUUAGUAAAGCAACACAAACAGACAAUAAUCACCAUAAUAAUUAUAGCUUUAGUACAUAACUCAUCAAGCUUCACAUUUAUUCUGUUACUUCUGCACGUGAGGAGGUGAUCAACAUAAAGAGUACAUAAAAGCAGGAAAUUACAACUCAUAUUCAAAUAUAAUAAAACCUGCUUUUACAUAUAACUCAUCGACAAUAAAUCAGAUUUCUUCAUCUCCCUUUUUAAUUUGUAAUCAAUGCUGAAAUAUUGGCUCCCAGGGAUGAUCAGGCUUGAAUUUUCAGAUUGGUAGAGCUGUAGGAGGACACGCAGUGACAAAACAUAAUAAAAGUUAUGUAACUGAUGGCAAAUGUUGACAUUUGGGGCUUUGGACUUCUAACAGGACCCCUCCCUCUUCAUCUGGAAUAUAAUUGAUGCAGCAUUAAAACUCUGGUUGAAAGUGCAUGGUGAUAAAGUAGUUACCACCUUUAUUUUUCUUUCAGUGCAUUUCAGUCGAAGAAUUUUUCAAUGUUGGUUUUUUAAUUUCUGCAGGAAAAUACUUGACAAAAAAUUAGAUAACUGGAACAGACCAGCUUCUUUUUUUAGCAGAGUGUAAGAUUAUAAGGCUUGUAAAGCAGCUCAUAAUUUAAUCUUCAAUUAAAUAAAGAAAAGCUGGUAUACAGCUAUCAAAAGUUCAAAAAUGAUCCUACCUGAGCCUUAAAAAAGCAGUUUUAUUACCACGUCCAAACUUAUUCUUCAUUUAUACACACCUAAAUAUUAGUAUAAAUAAAGCAUUUAUCAUACACGCUUGAUUGUAGUGGGAAUUUUUCAUUUCAUCAUCAACAUAAAGAGGAAAUACAAAAGCAGGGAGAAUUAGCUGGUUAUUUUCUGUUGUUUGUUUCUGCAGGGCCAUGAAAGAGGUAGACCCCGGCCUGACAACAGGAAGUGACACCGUCUAUUUCUGUGUGAUCGACAGCGAAGGCAACGCCUGUUCAUUUGUCAACAGCACAUAUUUGGGCUUUGGGAGCGGGCUGGUCCCUAAGGAUUGUGGAUUCUCUCUGCAGGUCUGUGUGCCUUGAAUGCAGGAACAGGUCCAUUAAACAGGCUCAGUGAUGAAGACCAGGAUUACAUAACAGCAAACGGGGAGUUUACUUAAUAUGGUGAAGUCAAGGAACAGAGCUGAGCAUGUAAAACAUCAGGCCUGAAUGAAGAGAUUUUAUGAUACAGCUUUGCAUGCCGCCGCUAUCUUACAAAAACAGGGAUGUGUGGCGGGUUUGUGCUUUUCUUGUGUCUAUGUAAAUACGUGUGAUGCAAAGCUGGAAACUUUCAUUAAAAAAAUCAAUCAUGGGACGAACUUAGAAUAACAGACUGAUGUAAGGAGAUCCACAUUAUCUGUGGAAAAGAAAAACAAAUCUUCUCCUCCUUACAGAAUAGAGGAGCUGCCUUUUCUCUUCAGCGUAACCACGUUAACUGUCUCGCUGGUGGGAAGCGGCCCUAUCACACCAUAAUACCUGCACUUCUCACAGACUCCGCAACCACGUCACAAAAACCUCGACUCCUCGCCGCACUGGGGGUGAUGGGCGCUGUUAUGCAACCACAAGGACACGUUCAGGUGCACUGUAAUAAAAUAGAUUCACAAUGAAUGAAAUCAAACCGGCUUUAACUUAUAACCAGUGUUUCUCCUCUUUUCUAGGUUUUGUUAAACAUGUUGGAGUUUGGGAUGAAUCCCCAACAGGCUCUGGAUGCACCAAGAGUCUUUGUGCAGUAUGACCCCAAAAGUAAGAUCUCCAAACUUCACGCACACUUAGAGAUUUUAGACGCAUGGUUUUAAUCUGAUAUGUUACUGCAUUUCUUGUCACUUAAUAAAGUGCCGUCUACUGUUACAGCUCAUGAGUGGUCAGUUAAUCUGGAGGAGGGGGUGGAUCAGGAGGUCGCUGAGGAGCUGAGGAGACGGGGCCACAAAGUCAACUGGCCAAUCACAGGUACCUUUUAUUUGUUCUGACAUAUUAGACCAACAUAGAAGAGCCAAUAACUGCAGUUCCUUGGGUGCUGAUCCCAAAAGCGAGCCAAUCCCCCCCUGUUGAGAUGUCUUUUUUUUUUUAAAGGGAUCUAAAAGAUUUAGGUAACUCACCUGUUAGAAUUAUAGUCAUAUUUUCAUGCUUCAUUAAUCCCCCAAAGGGCAAUUCAUCUCACUGUAACCCACCUUGUUAUUAAAUGAUCAAGGAACAGACAAAUACCAGACAUUCACAGCAGCAUAUGGCCCAAACAAUUUCCCUGUCACCACCACAAAUCAGCAAGAGAUAAAUCAGUAGAUAAUAAAUACAUGUGCAAUACAUGCAACAGUGAAAUGACUAAAAUGCAAUAAGAAAUCAUGCCAUAAAAAGAGGAAAAUAAGAACUAAAACUAUCCUGAGACCCCAAUUUCAACACAGGCCACCAAUCAGCUACUUCCCAGCAUUUAGCAGCCUUAUCACUGAGGGCAUAAAUAAGUUAGAGUACCUGGACUGGACUAUCCACCCUCUUUCAUAUGUGGUCAUAAAAGACCCCAAGCUGAACUGAGAUGGUAGAGACCAAAAGGUUAAAGUAGAGAAACAGUAUGGGACAAACCUGUGAGUCAUGACGCUUUUUUUACAACCACUGCUUUUAAUCAGUUAAUCGUGUUACUGAUGAUGAUGAUGAUGAUGUCCUUUGUAAUACUUUUCAAAACAUUUUUUUAAUCGAUAAUAGAUUCUCAAAACUCUCCUGAUCUGUAUCGGUUUUAUUAUCAGUUCAGUUAUUGCUCAUUUGAUAACACAAAUCAAGUUUGAGGAAGUGGACAUCUGACAUCUGUUAUUUGUCAUGGAAGGAUGAGAAAAAGCUCAGAGUAUCUUCCCCACAGCCUAACUUCCUGUCCUUUAUGUCCACUGAAAUUCAAAAGUAAAGGUGUGUUCAGGUCCUAAAAUAGAAAUACCAUAGUAGUGAAUUGGACUCCAUGUAUUCUCUCUCAUUAUCCUCCCAUUCAAACACACAGGCCACAAGAGGUCCCAGUUUGGACGUGGACAGAUCAUCACAGUCGGGGAUUGGUGGAAUCCAUCCAUCAGUCAAACUGAUCCUCCAUCCAGGGUUCUGUGGGCGGGGUCAGAUCCCAGAGGGGACGGCUGCGCACAGGGAUACUAGACGUACGUGACUUCCUCUUUAAGUUACAGCAGAGAAAUGAAUCAAAGAGUUUUCAGACAAAUCUCAAACCGUGAAAUGAAGAAGAAAAGUAUUAUCAGUGUUUGACUGUGACAGUAGUAAGGAAUUAUUUUCCUGCACCGAAGCAUCUUCAGUUUACUGUAUGAAGUGACCUUUUCUGCAGAUAUUACUGACACAUAAACUAAUUUAUUUUAUUUUACUCCAGUGCCUUUGCUGUGGAUAAAAUGUGACAAAAACAACAUUAAAUACGAGGAAACUAACCAAACUGAAGGGGGCCGUCUUCAACCCUGUAUUAUGGUUAUGAUACGAGAAAUGAAAUAAGUUUAAUCAUAAUUAUAAAAUCAUAAUAAUCAAAAAAAACCCCUCUUUCCUACAUUUUCAUGUAAGUUUAUUUUCUUCUUUCAAUCUGAAUCGCUGCUCUGUCUUUUAAUUUAUUAAAACAUUAUGCCUGUAAUCAUGAUUUUGUGAGUUUUCUCACAAAUGAUGAAUAAAAUGUUAUUUAUUUUCAAAUGAUGAACAUUUAUGUCUUUUUUUAUGGAGUGAUGAUCAUAGAAGAACUGAGUUGGGCUCAAUGUCAUCUUUUUUAGAGAGUGUGAUGAUUUCAUUACUCAAAAGUAGUUUAGCUUUAUUUUUUAGCCUCUGUUAGAUUGUACAGCUAAAGAAAGACAGGAAGUAUGGGAAGUUAUGAGUUGGGGAUGACUUGCAGCAAAGGGUCAAGAGUGGGAGUCAAAGCAGCGACCACUGUGACGAGGAUUGUAGCCUCAGAACACAGAGAGCAUCAUCCUUAACUGACGGGCCAAACCAGAGCCCCCCUGUUUGGGAGAUUUUAGAUAAAACUGUUGCUUCUGCAAGACCAACAAAGAAAACAAGAUCAUCAGCAAUAAGACGGACUACUUCCUGUACUGUGUUGGUCAUUCACGAGAUCAUCUCUGUGGUUCAAAUCAAUCUCUUACUAUAAUUUUUAAGACAGCUGGAUCAUGUUUUGCAGUUUUGCACAUCAGAGUUUUAUCUUUCUGUAGAUUUUUAGGUUGCAGGAAACACCCUGUUAACCCUGUAAGUCAAACAGAACAGCAAGGAUAAAUUAAAUGACUCUGUAUUUGUUGUUUUGCGUUUAAACUAAAGAAAUGGUCAACAUCUUCUGAACUGCUUGCACCCUGCAGCAGGAGCAGCUGAAACACUCUCCUUAAAUCUCUCGAUGUAGAAACAUG